UCAAUUUCUAUUUUCUCUGAAACCGUCAACCAUCAAAGCAUAGAGCCUUCAACAAAAAUCCUAGAAAGAUUACAGUUUUAGUAAAAGAAAAAGCAUAGAAAAAUAAUGGAUGAAGGAAACAACGACAACAGCAUAGUAAACAAUGUGGCCAGAGCGAUUGUUGCUGCUCUUGAUUGGAACUCUACUCCCGAUGCUCGCAAAGCCGCUUCUUUUUACCUUGAAUCCAUUAAAGCAGGAGAUAUACGGGUUUUGGUGAACACAUCAUUCCUUUUAGUAAAAAAAGAUUGGUCUUCUGAGAUUCGGUUACAUGCAUUUAAAAUGCUACAGCACGUGGUUCGGUUUCGGUGGGAGGAAUUUGGUCCUUCAGAACAUAGAAACUUUGCAAAUGCUGCUUUUGAUUUAAUGUCUGAAAUUGCAGACACUUGUGAGGAAUGGGCUUUGAAAAGUCAAACUGCUGCACUUGUUGCUGAGAUUGUUAGAAGAGAAUUUGUAAAUCUUUGGCAAGAGCUGCUUCCCUCUCUAGUUUCCCUAUCCAGCAAAGGCCAUGUACAAGCUGAGUUGGUCUCCAUGAUGCUGAGAUGGCUUCCUGAAGAUAUUACAGUCCACAAUGAAGAUUUGGAAGGUGAUCGGCGUAGGUUGCUGUUACGUGGUCUUACUCAGUCUUUGCCAGAAAUUUUGCCACUAUUGUUUACUUUACUGGAAAGGCAUUAUGGAGCGGCAAUGAAUGAGUUGGGUAGACAACAGCUAGAUAUCGCAAAACAGCAUGCAGCUGCUGUAACAGCUACUUUAAAUGCUGUAAAUGCAUAUGCUGAAUGGGCUCCUUUGUCCGAUCUUGCUAAAUAUGGCAUCAUUCACGGGUGCUGUUUUCUACUUUCUUCUCCCGAUUUUCGCCUUCAUGCUUGUGAGUUUUUCAAACUUGUCUCUCCGAGAAAGAGACCUACGGAUGACUCUGCUUCUGACUUUGAUUCUGCGAUGAGUAACAUCUUUCAAAUCUUGAUGAAUGUAUCCCAAGAUUUUUUGGUUAGGUCUAGCUCAGCUGGUGCAGCUAUAGAUGAAAAUGACUACGAGUUCGCUGAAUAUGUAUGUGAAAGUAUGGUGUCUUUGGGUUCCUCAAACUUGCAAUGUGUUCUUGGAGAUAGCGCUACAUUCUCUCUUUAUCUACAGAAGAUGCUCGGGUUUUUUCAACAUUUUAAGCUAGCUCUUCAUAAUCAGUCUCUGCAAUUUUGGUUGGCGCUAAUGAGGGAUUCAAUGUCAAAGCCAAAGCUUUCAGUACAUUCAUCUGGAGAUGGGUCGACUGCUACUAAUGCAGACUUCACUUUGGCUCAGGUUGACGAUGGAAAAAGAAAGAUUUUAACUUUUCUGAAUGACAAUAUUUGUAGUACAAUUCUCGAUAUAUCUUUCCAACGCAUGCUUAGGAAAGAAAAGCUCGUCACUGGAACAACCCUUUCUUUGGGAGUUUUGGAAUUGUGGAGUGAUGAUUUUGAAGACAAGGGUGACUUUGGCUCUUACCGUUCUAGGCUGCUUGAGUUAAUCAAGCUUAUUGCUUCCAACAAGCCUCUUGUGGCUGCUGCUAAAGUUUCUGAAAGAAUUAUUAUGAUCAUUAGGAACCUCUUGAAUUCUCCCAUGCCUGUUCAGGAUUUGGCUGUGAUGGAAAGCAUGCAAAUGGCUCUGGAAAAUGUUGUUAGUUCUAUUUUUGACGGAUCAAAUCAAUUUCCCGGGGGUAGUUCAGAAGUUCAUUCAGCUUUAUGUAGAAUAUUUGAAGAUUUACUCCGGGAACUUCUUUCUUUGAACUGGACUGAGCCGGCCCUUGUGGAAGUACUUGGCCACUAUCUAGAUGCAAUGGGUCCCUUCCUCAAGUAUUUUCCCAAUGCAGUUGCCAGUGUCAUCAAUAAGCUUUUUGAGCUCUUAAAUUCACUUCCUUUUAUUGUUAAGGAUCCUUCUACAAGCAGCACUCGGCAUGCAAGGUUGCAGAUUUGUACGUCAUUUAUUCGAAUAGCAAAAGCUGCUGAUAAAAGUGUUCUGCCUCACAUGAAGGGUAUUGCUGAUACAAUGGCACAUUUGCAAAGAGAAGGUCGUUUGCUUCGUGGUGAACAUAAUCUUCUUGGUGAAGCAUUUCUUGUAAUGGCUUCUGCUGCGGGGAGUCAACAGCAGCAAGAAGUUUUGGCAUGGUUACUUGAACCCAUGAGCCAACAGUGGAUACAGAUAGAAUGGCAAAAUAAUUACUUGUCUGAACCUCUUGGUCUAGUUCGUUUAUGCUCCGAGAGAGCAUUUAUGUGGUCACUUUUCCACACUGUGACAUUCUUCGAGAAAGCACUUAAGAGGAGUGGAAUGAGGAAAGGCAAUUUGAACUUACAAAAAAGCUCAACAGAAAAUUCUACACCACAUCCGAUAGCUUCACAUCUUUCGUGGAUGCUUCCUCCUCUCUUAAAACUGCUUCGUGGUAUGCAUUCCCUUUGGUCACCGUCUGUGUUCCAAAUGUUACCUGGAGAAAUCAAAGCAGCAAUGAGCAUGAGUGAUGUGGAGCGAUCCAGUCUUCUCGGUGGUGGGAACCUGAAAUCUUUAAAGGGUACAUUAACCUUCGUAGAUGGACCUCAGUUUGAUGUGAAUAAGGAAGGAUAUACCGAACCAAAUGAGGCUGACAUAAGAAAUUGGCUAAAGGGUAUCCGAGAUAGUGGGUACAAUGUAUUGGGCCUAUCUACAACCAUCGGGGAUCCAUUUUUCAAGUGCAUGGAUGUCGAUUCUGUUGCUUUAACUCUAAUUGAGAAUAUACAGUCAAUGGAGUUCAGACAUAUACGACAGCUUGUUCAUUCUAUUUUGAUUCCACUAGUUAAGUCCUGUCCUCCGGAUAUGUGGGAGAUAUGGCUCCAAAAGCUACUGCACCCGUUAUUUGUUCAUUGUCAUCAAGCUCUGAGCUGUUCAUGGUCUGGUCUUUUGCAUGAAGGCCGGGCAAAGGUCCCUGAUAAUCAUGGGAUUCUCACUGGGUCAGACUUAAAAGUGGAAGUAAUGGAGGAGAAACUACUUCGAGAUUUAACUCGUGAGAUAUGUUUGCUCCUUUCUACUAUAGCAUCACCCGGAUUAAAUGCCAGCCUUCCAUCGCUGGAACAUUCUGGUCAUGUUGGCCGCAUCGACACGUCUUCUUUGAAAGAUUUGGAUGCAUUUGCUUCGGGCUCUAUGGUCGGUUUUCUUUUAAAGCAUAAAAGCCUGGCAAUCCCGAUGUUGCAAAUUUCACUGGAAGCAUUUUCUUGGACAGACAGUGAAGCAGUGACCAAAGCCUGUUCUUUCUCAGCUGCUGUGGUUCUUCUAGCUAUAUUCACGAACAAUGCGGAUCUCCAGGAAUUUGUUUCGAGAGAUCUAUUUUCUGCUGCCAUUCGAGGUCUGGCACUCGAGUCAAACGCUUUUAUCAGUGCUGAUCUCGUUAACCUCUGCCGCGAAAUAUUCAUAUAUCUAUGUGACAGAAAACCGGCUCCCAGACAGAUUUUACUCUCCCUUCCUUGUAUUAGCUCCAACGAUUUACAUGCCCUCGAAGAAGCCUUGACUAAAACGGCUAGUCCAAAAGAACAAAAGCAGCAUAUGAAGAGCUUUCUUUUAUUAGCUACCGGGAACAACUUAAAAGCUCUUGCUGCUCAGAAAAGUGUAAACAUUAUAACAAAUGUCACAGCAAGGCCACGCAGUUCACUCAAUGCUCCAGAAAAUAGAAUUGAUGAGGGGGAAACUGUGGGAUUGGCAGCUAUUUUGUGAAGGGUUUUCGGAUUUGAGUAUUGUACAGAAAAUUUAAUCCAGAAAAAAAAAAGAUGAACAUCUCCUACAGACACGGUAAAACAUCGAGGUAUACUGAAUCUUUUUUUUUUUGGGGUGUGGGGUUAUUUAUUAGUGGUUAUGCAAUCAAUUCAUCCAGGGUGGUUAUGGCUCAUAUGAUUCUGCAACCGUGUAAGUUGGAAUAUUUCUUUCAUAUCUUUGGCUGAUUGUAUGUUCAAACUUGUUAUACUUUUUGGUGGUGGCAAUCUGAUAUUCCUAUGUUUAAAGUUAUGUCGCUUGAACUCGGCGUAAGUUCGUGUAUGGAUACGAGUACAUAUAUUUAUGAAAUUGAAACGUCAUUCAAAGAAA